GAUGAAGUGAUAGUUGACCUAAAGCGAUAGUCGGAGUUGGUUGUCUUGUUGUUAACCUUAAAAGUUAGUAAAACGAUUAGUACUCCUCUACUCUAAUCUAUUCGUAUUAUUAUUAUUAUUGCGCUCCAACUGAAGUUUCUUUUUUCAUUUAUUAGCCGACAAAUCCCAGCAGUCACAUGCUUCAACUUCACAUCUUUUUCGUGAAUAAUAAUAAUUGACAGUAAUUCCGUCGCUAAAACAUUUAGCAACAAAAAUCUCACUUGCAAAACAAGCUCUACAGCCUCUAUUGCCUAUUGGCCAUUGGUUUCCUCCCCUCACCGACGAUUCCGUUUCACUUGCUGCCUGCCUCUCUGUUUUCCCCUUCUUCUAUUCUCUCUCCCAUCAAAUCACAAACUAGAGAGAGAGAGAGAGAGAGAGUCCUGGUUGGACCUGUGGUAGGUAGGGGUAUUAUUUGAUGAUAUAUCAGUGCUAUAUUUUUCCUGUACAUGAGGAUUCUUGAUUUGGGUUCAUUUGAAAAAUGUCUACAACUACUGUACUGAAAUCCCACGGUUUUGAUUUAGAAUCAGCUAAUGAUGAUACUUCUGAUACCCUUCGGAAUGGCGGCGGCGGCGGAGAUGGCUGCUGCACCCAAGUUGCUGCCGCCGGACCACCUACCUCCGAUGCAAAUGAGAUCGUUCGGGUCCCGGAAAGGAAAGACAUGGCGGCGGCGGCGGUGGUGGUGGUGGAUAAGAAGAGGGAUUCUAAUGUGUCGGAGUGUUCGGUAGAGAUGGUGGAUCUGGAAAGUGGGACCCACGACGAAAAGAAGUUGCAUUUGAAUUUGAAAAGAGAUUGUAGGAUUUGCCAUCUGAGCAUGGAUGCAACUAAUCAAGAAUCUGGAAGUGGGACCCCCAUUGAACUUGGUUGUUCUUGUAAAAACGAUUUGGCUGCUGCCCACUCACAAUGUGCUGAAUCUUGGUUCAAGAUUAAGGGCAAUAAAACAUGUGAGAUAUGCGGAUCAAUAGCACAAAAUGUAACCGGGGUAAACGAGGCGCAGAUGAUUGAACAGUGGAACGAAGAAACAAUCGAUGCUGCUAUUACAACCGCACGGCUGUCGGAGUCUAGAAACUUCUGGAAAGGUCAUCGGUUUCUCAAUUUUUUGUUAGCUUGUAUGGUUUUUGCAUUCGUCAUUUCCUGGCUUUUCCACUUCAACGUACCCUCGUGAAAACACACUUAAUUCUGCUGAGGUAACGUGUCGUGUUUGUGUAUUAGUAGUGAUGGAACUUAAAAAAAAAAUCUCGAUUGUUGUUUGUUUAGUACAAAUCAAGUGAAAAUAUGUAUCUUUAGUGACUUGUUAUGUAAAUUAUUACUAGAAAACACUCUGCCAUGUGUUCAUGGUUACUGGCAUUUUGAUUUGUACACAUUUUCAUCUACCUUCAUAAUAUUUUAAUUUAAAUGCUCUAAAAUUUA